AUGAAUAGGGAUCAAACUGUUCUGAUAGAUCGAUUGAGGGGUAUAGCCCCUCCAACUGGGGGUUCGAAAGGCGUGAUUGCGUGUCAGUGUGAAUUAGGUCGAGAGAAGCUGCUUACUGCACCACCUUAUAAACUUGUAAAAUCACCAGCUGUGGAUGAAAAUAAGUCUCAGACGGCACCAAUCACGAGAGAACUCGACGAGUAUAAAUGCCCAGUCAGCCACAUCCUUGUCAACUUCAGAGCUCCUUUACACCCGAACGAAGUGUUCAACAAAGUCUUCCCAGCGACAACACCCGUUAAGUUUGUGAAACGUAAACUGGCCAAAUUACUAAGCGUGUCAAAUAGCAAUCUCUUACUAACUAAGAACAGAAACGUUCUGAAAGAUACCAGUCUGCUAUCAGACCUCAAGCCCGACCCUCUUGGCAAUCUCAAUGUCGAUGUUUUUACAAAAAAUUCAGAUGAUUUCUCUCUAUCAGCAAUACCAAAGGAAUCAUAUGUCCAUGAGCUAUUGCACGCGAUCAUACCAAAAAAGAAGGCUAUGCCAUUUAUAGCAAUAAAGUUCAAAGUCAGGAAUCAGGGUUCAACAUUUACUCGUUCAUAUCAGUCAACCAUGAAAGUUCACGAGAUAAAGAAAAACUUGGGCGAACUUUUUAAAAUUGAACCAGAUAAUAUUGUGUUUUUAAGAGGAGAGAAUCCUCUAAAGGAUCGUAUGACCCUCAUGGAUCUCGAUUAUGAUAAGUACGGUAUAGCUGAACUUGAAUUACUAACAAAAAAUCACGAGAAGCUAGAUUUAGAAAAGUUAUACAAGGAAAUGCCUUUUAACGACGUUUUGAGCAUUGUGGUUCCUUUUGGGGGUACACUCAAACAAAUUAAUGUCGAAAUAUUUUCAUCACCAAUCAAAAAGCCGUUUUUAGGAGGAUACAGAAAUGUAAAUACAGGGGUCAUUUAUCAUCAUGCCUAUACUCAAACACCUCAAAAACCAGAAAAGCUUCCUCCUGAAAAGAAGAACUGUAGAGAUACACAAACAGCUGAAGAAAAAGAAAAGAUAUAUGACACAAACUACAGUCGUGCAACACAAAUGAACUGUGUCCACGCUUACAUUCCGAACGUAACAGAUAGAAUUAUUGUUCCUAAACACUACGAGACUUACGACGAAAUGAUAGCUCGACUGAACCAUGCUCAUUAUGCAAGCAUCAUACAACGAACAUUCAGACACUAUCAGUUUCGUCAAAAAGUAGCCAAAUGGUUAAAAGAAUGCAUGGAGAGAAUAGCAAGGAUGAAGGAAGAGGAAAGACUAGAACGAGAAGCAAUGGAAAGACGAUUACGGAGGGAUCUUAUAACUAAGACUUUUCCUAAAACGCGUGAAGACUUUGAUCAGCUUUAUGCCAUGGUUGACCGUUGGAAGCACGCCGAAAUAGCAAGGAUAUCACAAUUACAUUCAAAAGGUCCUAAAAUAGCCGAAUUCACGCUGCUUCUCGACAAAGAAGUGGAAUUAUUGCGUUGCAUAGAAGACUACAGAGUGAAAGUUAAAGAAGAUAGCCGGAAAUUGAGAGACCAACGAUUUUUAGAGGAAAUAUCUAAACCCGUUGCGUGGUAUGGGCGCAGUGGAAAGUUAAUUACAAUGGAAACUAUUGAAGUUCAGAAAGCUAGGAAGCUAAAGGAACUUUAUAAUUCAUUUAUCCGUGAAGAUAUGGACGUUAAGGAACGCAUGGAACUAAUGGUAGACAUGAAAUUUGCUUUACAAGAAUUUCGACAUUAUUUAGCUGAAGAAAUCAUAACAUUGCUAGAUCAAGAAUGUGAUCUUCUCGUCCGAAGGUGUAAUGCACAUCAACUAGAAUUUCUUCGACGUAGAAUAGCGGGCAGUAUAUUCAGACUCAUUCAAACAUCUGAACUCAAUUCGGGUGUCACAAAGUCCAAAGAUAUGAGGGAUUACAGAAAAAUGCAGAAUUGUAGAUUGUACUUUUGUGAACUGUGUCAUCAAGUUAAACCUUACACUGAUUUCCCUCUAGACACAAGGAUAAACGAUUUCUUGAUUUGUAAAUCCUGUUCAUGGAAAGAUGUCAACGAACGCUUAUGGAUAGAUAUGACACCUUACAGAUUCAUACUGAGGGCGGUGCAACGCGAUGAGCGUCGUCGCAAAUGUUGGGGAUCAUUGGCAUUUGUACUACAAGAAAAAGAUAUUUUCUUCAUAGUGGAGAAACUUUGGCAUUCGCAUUCGGCUAUUAGUGAGUGCAAUGAUAUCACCGAAUUGAGAUUAUCUAGGUGGAAUGUUAAGGAAGAUUGGUCACCAUGGAAUUGUUUUUUGAUCACUGUGCAAGAAAUGAAAGCACACUUAAAGCUUGAGGCUCCAGACGAAGUGUAUGAUGAAGAGUUGGUACAGAAAGUUAAUACAAUACAGAAGCUUGCGAAAGCUAAUUUUGCACAGUUGAUGGCUGUUAAUAAGCGGUAUACUGAGACUGGUGAGUGGCAAGGAGUCCGCGCGCCCGCCGAUGUCCGCGCGGAUGGUGUAGAACCAAUUUAA